AUGUCCAGCAGUACACAAAAGACACCGAUAUGGCAGUUUAAAGCCUUCCAGAACUGGGUCAAGACCAUCCUGAUAUCAGAGUUGGUAGAGGUCGAUGGCAAUGUUGCAGAGUUGUUCUGUGGAAGCGGUUUGGAUCUUGGCAAAUGGGAAAGAGCAAGGAUAGGAAGAUAUAUAGGUAUAGAUACAAUUCAAUCAAGUCUCAAAGAAGCAGAAGCAAGUUGGCAACAAAGAAAGUGCACCUACGAUGCUCAAUUCUUGAAUAUAGACACAUUGAAUACAAACUUAAAUGAACAACUACCAACAGAUAUGCAGUUUGAUGUUGUAUCAUGCUUUGAUGGCAUGCAACGAGCAUUCAGUGACAUGGAGCAGGCCAACACAUUCAUCAAGAACGCAAGCUCAAGACUAAAGAAUGGAGGCUACUUCUUUGGCAUACUGCCCGACUCUUCAGCCAUUUGGUACAAGUCUCAAAAGGUGACCUCUGGUCUACCCUGUAUCAAAUCAACAUUGUUCAACAUUGACUUUGGAUCAGAUACAUUCAGCUUCUUUGGCAGCACCUACAACAUGUCCAUGAAGGAUGGCUCCAGCAUCACAGAGAGUUUGGUUCACUUCCCAACAUUCAUCAGUCUAUGCAAACAACACGGUUUGUUAUUCAUAGAGGCAUCAAACUUGUCAGAGUUCUACGAAGACAACAAGAAGAACUAUGAUGCCAAACUCAAACAAUCAGGAGUAUUGGUUGGUAAAGGAAAGAUAGAGCCUGCACAGAUGGAGUUGAUAAGCUUGUACACUACAUUCAUAUUCUACAAGGAAACAGAAUUACCAAAGAUCAUACAGAGUUAA